UGGUUUCGUUUGUUUGUUUGGUUGGUGUUUAGUUGUGGUUCUGUUUCUGAUUUCGUCUUCUUCGCUGCUUAGAUAUGUCUGUCGAUACAUAUGCGUCGUCGAACCCUAAUGAGGUUCAUGAGAAUGUUCUUCUGAAAGCUAGAGAUGCUUGCUACAAGGCCAGAGAUGCUUUUUACGCUUGUCUUGAAAAGGAAUCUGGUAAAAAACCAACUGAAAUCGCGACCGUUGGUCUUCUCUAUCCUAAAGAGUGUAGCAAUUCUAGAACCCAAUUCGUCAACAACUGUCGAUCCUCUUGGGUGAAGCAUUUCGAUAGGGAGUACUGUAGGAACAAGAGAGUUCAAAGGCUGUUGGAUGAUGGAGAUGAGAGGAAAGGUCCAAUGUCACUUCCUCAGCCUUACACUUUCAAGCCUUCUCCUUCCUCUUAGUUUCCUUCCUUUCCUGGUGUUAAAGGUCUCUUUGCUGAGGAAGAUUUACAAUGGACAGAUACUGUUCCUGAAUCAUGAGAGUUGAUUUUCUUUGCUUAUAGUCUUAGAUCGUAUUUGAGUUGUAAUCCUUUAACAUGGGAAUAAAGUGGUACAUUUCAACUCAAGGACCUACCUGAUUGUUUGCCUUCUGUGUCUAUUGCCCAAAACGUUUGUUGAUCUAUCUGCAAGCAUCUAGUAUACAUACACUAUGCUGAGAUACAUAUAUGUACGUGUAUAUAGAACCUGAUCGUUUUGGUUACUGAGCUACUGAAGAUGUGGUUUGUUCA